UGUGUUCAAAAUGCUGUACGUGACUUAGUUCACGAAUGUAUCGUUUCUGGAGCAGAGCAGUUGGAGCCAAUAAGGAGGAAAACUCUGGCACUCAAGCUAUCCGUUUGUGAAUUUGAGAAUACCCAAGUAAACUACCCCGAGGCUUGCCAGAAUGUAGUAGAGGAAAACGAAGUUAACGCCUGUAUCCAAAGCUUACAAAGUAGUCCUCAGCAUUGGACAACUUACAGUGGGAAUUACCGUGAAACGUUUUCAAUCUGCUUUUCAGAGUCGUUGCCUUUCGCUAAAGAUCAGAUUAUAAAAGUUUUUUAUAACGUAACC